GAAAAAUUACACUUUAUAAAAAGCGAAUAAAACCAAAUAGUGAUAAAAUUUUGGUAAAAAAAAGUAACCAAUUGUGAUUAUUUUAAAAUAAAAAUGAACUAAAAAAGACAAGCUCCAUUUCAAGGAAGCUUAAAAGCAUCACAUUUACCUAUAGCUGUGAUGAUUAUUGCUACAAUUGGUAUUGCUUUUAGCUAUAUAGCUGCUUAAAUUUAAGGCUCUGAGCCUCCUUUCCCUCAUGCUUCUAUAACCUCAAAUUCUAAUCACUAUCCUCAGUAUAUUGUUUUCCGUAUUACAGAAGAAGGUUCUGCUUUAUUCAUCAUCUUCAUCUGGUUGAUAGAAUAUGUAUGGAUAAGGUAAAAAGCUCAAGAAACUGGAGUUACCUUAAUCUUCCCACAAUUGCAAGCUAUCCUAGGAGCCAUUUCAGGAAUUUUGUUUAUUUUUAGCACUGCUACUAUUGAUACUGGCAAAAUGAACUCGAGUUUACAUGGCCAUUGUGCAACUUGGUUCUUUAUAACUUUGAUGGUUAAUUUCUUACUAAAUUUCUUAUCAUUUGUCUAAUUUAAAUGUAAAAACGAGAUGAUAAUCAAUGAAAAUAGUUUCUACACUAAGCUAUUAAUCAACAUGUGCGAUGUCGUACUUCUUGUUCUGGAAAGUAAAGAUAUUCCUAAUUAUGAUAAUAUCUAGGAAUAUCUUGGUGUAUUAUUUAUGUGUAUUUACAUGGGAACUUUUGCCUUAGAUUGGAAAGGAUACUAUAUUGAAUUUAAUAUUUAAAAUCCUAAAUUAAUUAGCCUUGUAAGAGAAGAACCUUAAUUAAGAUAGGAAUAUGCUUUUGUUCAACAACCAUAGAUUUAUUAUGUUCCCUAGGUCUAAUAGUAAAUUCAAUAAUAAACCUAAUUCUUAUAAACUGUUCAUGCCUAAUCUCCUAUGGGCUAAGCUUUGGCAGCUUCAAUUCCUCAAGUACAAGCUCCUGUUUUGAAUAUUUAACCUCUUUACAGCCAUUAAUAACCUUCAUAUACUCUUUUCACUUAGAAAUAUUGA